GUGCAAUGAACCCGAAGAAGAUGAGGCAUGCAUAUAUAGUUAUGGAUUAUGUUAAAGAUUCUUGCUCCUUUAAACUUUCACCAUCUUUCUUAUCUUUUUCAGAUUCCCAAGCAGAUGGAACUUUACCAGUCCACUAAGGGAAGGGAGAUCAAAUGGUAUCUUUCAUCAUGUUUACACCAUUCGUGUAAAGGUAUGUGUUUCUUUCAGAAUCAGACUUCCUGUUUUGAGAACAGAAAUGGUUCUUUCACAUUAUUGCCUUAAAACAAUGGUAAUCAAGAUUAAGUGCCAAUGGAACAAAGUAGAGGCGAACAGAUUUGGUUUACAGAGCAUUCUUUCUCCUUUUUUUCUGAAAUUCGGUGGCUAUAUAUCCGCUGAAUCUGCUUUUCCAUCUGGAAUUUGUGCCCUCUUCCACUUUCAUGCAAGUCUUCAAGAGAAUCAUGGUAUCUCUACCGCUCAGACCUUAAAUGCACAUCCACCUUCCACUCUGCAAACCAUCCAUAGAUUUUGUUUUCUCUCUCGCUAUUCUCUGUCACCAGCUUUGAAGACCCUUUUUUUCCUGUAAGUCAAGUGUUCUCUGCCAUGGCAACAAGGCGGAUUUUGAAAGAACUCAAGGAAUUACAGAAAGACCCUCCUGCUUCAUGCAGCGCAGGUCCAAUCGGAGAAGAUGUGUUCCAUUGGCAAGCCACGAUAAUGGGUCCGGGUGAUAGUCCCUACGCAGGCGGUGUCUUCCUCGUCAACAUCCAUUUCCCUCCGGAUUACCCCUUCAAACCUCCUAAGGUAGCAUUCAGGACCAAAGUGUUCCACCCUAACAUCAACAGCAACGGAAACAUCUGCUUGGACAUUCUCAAAGACCAGUGGAGUCCUGCCCUCACCAUCUCUAAGGUUCUGCUCUCUGUGUGCUCUCUUCUUACAGAUCCUAACCCAGACGAUCCACUGGUUCCAGAAAUUGCGCACAUGUAUAAAACCGACAAGUUCAAAUAUGAUUCCAUGGCUCGAAGCUGGACCCAGAAAUAUGCAGUGUUCUAACUCGUUCACUGCCAUUAAUCGUUAUGAUUAUAUAUAUAUAUAUAUAUAUGCUUCAUUGUUGUUCAUGAGCUCUUUCCUCGCUGGUUUUGUUCUGUAAUAACGUGGUGAAAUAUCCGUUUUUUUUCUUUGUUCCUUCCUUGUGGAUUCAAAAACUUGCUUGAUGCUGUGGUGAAAGGAAAAAAAAUCACUAUUUACUGAUUGAAA